ACGACGUCGAAGAGGAGAACAGCGAGAGGGAGAGAGAGAGAGAGAGGAUCGUGAGGAAACUAUGCACGACUGCGAGGGUGGGGAGUCUCAACAAUACUAUGAGAAGGACGACGGGGGCGAUGGAGAAAAUGAUCAUGCCUAUCCUGUAGGUGAUGACGAUGGACGGCAAGAGAAUUCGGCUGAUGUGGGGGUCGACGACGCAAAAGGAGAGCGGUCGGAGGCCAGUGCCCAGAAAAAGAAGCGACAAUCUUCAACAAGUCCAACGGCGGCGGCGGAUAAGCGCGCUGCGAAGAAACUCACUAUGGUGGAUGAUGGUGACUCUGGAGAGGAUGCCGAAGGGGUUCCUCCAAGAGAUGUCUCGGAACAGACACAACCUUCCGCCGACACUCGUGAUGAAGCCAUCGACACAACACGGUGCUUCUUCUUGGAGUUCGAUGAAGAUGGGCUUGCAAAGAAGAAAAGGGAACACAUUGAAGUGGACAUCACGAAGAUCUUGCCAAUACCUGAAGAUGACAUCCUCUUCAACCAUAGAACGUUGGACGAAACGUUGGUGCAGUCCAUAUAUGAUGCGAUCCAUCAUGCGGCCAAGGAAACCAACGGGAAGUGGGAUUUCAUGACUUUCAUCAUGACUCCCAUUGUGCCCGACACGGACGGGUCUCAAGGCAGAUGGAUCACACCGGAGCAAUUCGACGUCGAACUGGCUCAUACGUACAACUGGAAUGCUGUUGCUGGCCAGCACACGGCUGAGGCAAUGAACAGACUCAUUAAAGACAAGUCACCGGCCGAGAAAGUGUAUGGCUUGAGGUCGUACUCUCACGUACGUGUUGUCUACUUUGACGAUGACAGAAAGAGAGGAUAUCCGUACGUCUCGACAUUCGACAACACGAGGGAGGAGUGUUCGAUCCCGAGAUCAUUUUCGUCAUUUGUGCGCCAAAUUAGAACAUUUUGGGAUAAGAGGAAUGGUCGGAUCCGUCCGCCAGGGACCGUGUCCACGAAUGACAUCGAGGGAAUGAAACGGAAAAAGAAAUGGGAAGAGUUCAUGAACGCCGCCUGCAAAAUGACACCUGAUUCCGGUCUCAUGAACUCGUCCCUAGAGAACGACUACUGCAAGGACUGGACGAACAAGAUGCGCGGAUAUAUGAAUCUUACGCAAUGCAGCGAAACAGUAUGCCCACAAGUACAAAAAUUCUUCGACAUGUACGAGAAGGGGCUACUGCCACGAGUCAACGGUGUGAGAUACAUCGACCUGCCGGGGAAAGUGGAAGGCAGGCUGCCUGGGCAAUACUUCCUCAAGGACAACUCCAGCAAAAAAGUCUUAUUCCACUGCAUCAAGGCCAGGAAGGGGCCACAAGGCGCAACGGUGUCUAUACCUGACUUGACGCCGACAAUCUUCAAGCUGUUCGGCGAUAUGACAGCGAGAGAGAAGCAAGUGGCGCCUCACCACAUGAUGUGUGGUGAUGUCAUCGUGACAUCACGUUCGGUACCUCGUGGUAGAUGCAAGAUGGCGGACCUGGUUAAAUAUACUCGGCGUGAAAGAUAUAUGGUCCGUAUGUUCAACUACAUAUUGUUCAAGGCUGAGGGGAGGUCAAAAGAAGAGUGGAGCGCUGACUUUUUCAUCGGUUAUAUGACCAUCUUGGAGAGGUACAGCAAAAACGGCCUGACGGACGAGAAAUGGACCGAGGAACGCGACCGCAUCCCUGACGACAAGGCGAGGAAGGUGUCGAGGCGUUUGGGCGGUCCUGAUGAGAUUAAUGGUGAGAACGGUGCGGGACUGGAGGCAACCCAAGGCAUGUACAAGGAAACCCCGUUCCACCUCAAGUGUUUCAUCUACGAGGCAAUCGACUGCUUGGACGACCUGAGAGCGGAGGUUAACCGGAUAUCCUUCAGUGCUUGUCACAUAUUUUGGGAAGUGGGGAAGAGGAUUACCACGAUUCUGCCAUUUGAAAUAAAACCGAAGGGAGUGCUCACCGACAACGAGGAGGUUGUUGGUACGGCGAGGGGGAUGAAGAUACGGACAACCAUUCUUGAUAUGUCAACAUCACCGAAAUGUAGUGUGUACAACUGGGAUGAUGUUGAGGUGCUCACAGGGUCAUGGUACAGACACUAUACACCUUCGACAACCUUGAACAAGUACGGCAACAUUGCAGUUCGGUACACUUACAUGAUGAUUAUUGUCCUCCACGCCGAGAACGACAAUUUGGACAAUAUAACGGUUGCGCCGAAAUUGCGAGCCGAGUUGACAAAUUUGAACAUUGAAGAGGGUGAAUUUGUGAGGUGCUUAGGGGAGUGUAUCGGCGCGGAGGGCGACACCGACGCGGUUUAUUCUUGGAUGGAACGAGACUCAGCACGUCUCCGAAAACUGUGCAGCUCGUUCAUCAGGGAGGAUGAUGGCGUGAUACUGUUAGGCAGGGCGCAUGCGGGACUGAUUUGGGAACUCGCUCGCGCCGGACACCACGAACAAAUGCAUGUUCAAAAACCCCAAGUCGAGCACCGCAAGGACCGGGACAUUUACUAUAAGCUCGGCAGCAAGAGGGAGAAAGUGUGGCCUUACUUAUUCGGUGACGCUCCACGGACGGCGGUUGAUAACGACUACGUCAUCAGGAAAAGUGAACUCGAGAUAAAAAUGAACGAGUACCACGGAUCGCACAUGGGUGCUUUCCACAUGUUCGUAGGGCGUUGUGAGCAUCUGUAUUUCAAUAUGAAGAAAAGAGCACUGUCAUGCAGGGACUAUGCGGACUUGGCACGUAAAGCAGGGAACUUCAAUAACAUCGAUUGUGACGAAGACACGUCAGACUCUGACCUGGACGUUCCGUCGCACGCGACACGACGUUCGGCGCAGGGAGCGCGUGCCGAGGAACCACAAGGGAGCACCAACGCAGAAGCGGAGAAGGCGAGGUCCAGUUUGGGAGCGACACAUGCUAGUGAGGCAGACGUGGAACAUAGAAUGAAUGCAAGGGGAGAAAAGAAUGGUGUACCAACGAACCCGGUGGGUGCGAGUGAGGGAAUUGUUAACUCACGGGGCAACACAAGGGGAGGAGAGAAUGGGUGUGAAAUGACCCCGCCGAUAGCUGGACCAUCAUCGACACAUGCACCGCAGGCCGAGCAGCGAACACUCACAUCGAUGAACACAGAUGAAGAUGAAGACAUGGAUAUGACAGCAGUCAUGUCGAAGCUCGUGCAAGGAAAACCGUUACCUCAAGGCUUUGCUCAAGACCCUUCAGUGACAUACUUGCUACAAGACAAGUACGAGGAGUCAUCGGAGGAGGACUGGGGUCAUCAUAUUCUCUUGCAUGAGGGCGUGUUCGAACCGUGCGUGUUUGCGGGCAAGUGGCAAAUGGGUGUGACGACAAGAGACCGCGGGUGGGUCGCGAAGAAAAGAAAAGACGCUGCGAUAUAGCACAGCGUGACGGAGACGCAACUUUUUCGGCGGGUUGCACAAGAAAACGUCAGUGCAACCGAGGUGGCUGUAGCGGCAAAGGCGAAAGCUUUGUUUGAGCAACCAACAGAAAAAAAUUGCCAAAUUUUUUGUCACGUUGGACCUAUGUUUACACUACAUUUCAACUGUUUAUAAACUGCUGGCCGGGGGGGGGUGUGUAUGUUCAACACAAAAUGAAGGAAACCAACACUG